CUGAAACACAAGCACUCUUCCUGUCAGGACUGAGUCAGGUAGAAGAGUCGAUAAAACCACCUGAUCGAGAAAAGGAAGGCACACCGGAGCGCAGAGUGGAAACUGCCAGCCUCGAGACGCCGGGCCGCGACCCCUGCAGCGGCGGCCGGUGCAGCCCCGGCCAUGCCUGCGCUCUGGCUGAGCUGCUGUCUCUGCUUCUCGCUCCUGCUGCCCGCGGCCCGGGCCACCUCCGGGAGGGAAGUCUGUGAUUGCAGUGGGAAGUCCAGGCAAUGCAUCUUUGAGCAGGAACUUCAUAGACAGACAGGAAAUGGAUUCCGCUGUCUCAACUGCAGUGACAACACUGACGGCAUUCACUGCGAGAGGUGCAAGGAAGGGUUCUACCGACAGAGAGAACGAGACCGCUGUUUGCCCUGCAAUUGUAACUCCAAAGGUUCUCUUAGUGCCCAAUGUGACAACUCUGGACGGUGCAGCUGUAAGCCGGGUGUGACGGGAGACAGGUGUGACCGCUGUCUGCCAGGCUUCCACACGCUCACUGCUGCUGGGUGCACCCGAGACCAGAGACUAUCAGACUCCACAUGUGACUGUGACCCGGCUGGCAUCACGGGGCCCUGUGACGCAGGUCGUUGUGUCUGCAAGCCGGCUGUCACCGGAGAACGCUGUGACAGGUGUCGCCCAGGUUACUAUCACUUGGAUGUGGGAAACCCUGAGGGCUGUACCCAGUGUUUUUGCUAUGGGCACUCAGCCAGCUGCCGCAGCUCUGCAGAUUUCAGUGUGCAUAGGAUCACCUCUACCUUUGAUCAAGAUGUUGAUGGCUGGAAGGCUGUCCAAAGAAAUGGGUCUCCUGCAAAGCUCCAGUGGUCCCAGCGCCACCGGGAUGUGUUUAGCUCAGCACGACGAUCGGAUCCUGUCUAUUUUGUGGCUCCUGCCAAAUUUCUUGGGAACCAACAGGUGAGCUAUGGGCAAAGUCUGUCUUUUGACUACCGUGUCGACAGGGGAGGCCGACACCCAUCACCCCACGACGUGGUUCUGGAAGGUGCUGGUCUGCGGAUCACGGCUCCCUUACUGCCACUUGGCAAGACACUGCCUUGUGGGAUCACCAAGACUUACACCUUCAGGUUAAAUGAACAUCCAAGCAGUAACUGGAGCCCACAGCUGAGUUAUUUUGAAUAUCGAAGGUUACUGCGGAACCUCACAGCCCUCCGGAUCCGAGCUACGUAUGGAGAAUACAGUACUGGGUUCAUUGACAACGUGACCCUGAUCUCAGCCCGCCCCGUCUCUGGAGCCCCAGCCCCCUGGGUUGAACAAUGUGUCUGUCCUGUUGGGUACAAGGGGCAGUUCUGCCAAGAAUGCACUUCCGGAUACAAAAGAGAUUCAGCCAAGCUGGGGCCUUUUGGCACCUGUAGUCCAUGCAACUGCCCAGGGGGAGGGGCCUGCGAUCCAGACACAGGGGAUUGUUACUCAGGGGAUGAAAAUCCUGACAUUCAGUGUGCUGACUGCCCCAUUGGCUUCUACAAUGAUCCGCACGACCCCCGCAGCUGCAAGCCGUGCCCUUGCCACAAUGGGUUCAGCUGCUCAGUGAUGCCCGAGACAGAGGAGGUGGUGUGCAACAACUGCCCCCCGGGGGUCACUGGUGCCCGCUGCGAGCUCUGUGCUGAAGGCUACUUUGGGGACCCCUUUGGGGAACGUGGCCCAGUGAGGCCCUGUCAGCCCUGUCAGUGCAACAACAACGUGGACCCCAGCGCGUUGGGGAACUGCGACCAGCUGACAGGCCAGUGUUUGAAGUGCAUCCACAACACGGCCGGCUUCCACUGCGACCAGUGCAAAGCAGGCUACUUUGGGGAUCCUUUGGCUCCCAACCCAGUGGACAAGUGUCGAUCAUGCAACUGCAACCCGGCAGGCUCAGAGCCUGUGGAGUGUAGAAGAGAUGGGAGCUGUGUCUGCAAGCCAGGAUUUGGGGGCCUCAGCUGUGAGCUCGCAGCAUUAACCAGUUGUCCAGCCUGCUAUGAUCAAGUGAAGAUUCAGAUGGAUCAGUUUAUGCAGCAGCUUCAGAGCCUGGAGGCCCUGAUUUCGGAGGUGCAGGGUGGUGGAGGAGUGGCCCAUCCAGAGCUGGAAGGCAAGAUGCAGCAGGCGGAGCAGGCCCUUCAGGACAUUCUGAGAGAAGCCCAGAUUUCAGAAGGUGAUGAUGGCCAACUUCCCUUCAGACAGGAGAAAAUUCAGUGUCCUAGAAAGAACUACUGCAGUGCUAUUAGAGCCCUAAAUCUCCAGGUGACCAAGGCAAGGAGCCAAGAGAACAGCUACCGGAGUCGCCUGAAUGAUCUCAAGAUGACUGCGGAAAGAGCUCGGGCCCUGGGCAGUCAGCAUCAGAACCGAGUUCAGGACACUCGCAGGCUCAUCACUCAGUUGCGCCUGAGCCUGGAGGAAAGCGAAGCUUCCCUGAGAAACACUAACAUUCCUCCCUUGGAGCAUUACGUGGGGCCAAACAGCUUUAAAAGUCUGGCUCAGGAGGCCAGGAAAUUGGCAGACAGCCAUGUCGAGUCAGCCAGUAACAUGGAGCAACUGGCAAGGGAAACCGAGGAUUAUUCCAAACAAGCGCUCUCACUGGUGCGCAAGGCUCUGCGUGAAGGAGGGGGAAGCGGCAGCCUGGAUGGCUCUGCGGUUCAAGGGCUCAUGGGAAAAUUGGAAAAAACCAAGUCCCUGGCCCAGCAGUUGUCCAGGGAGGCCACUCAAACUGACAAUGAAGCAGAUAGUUCUUACCAGCAUAGUCUCCGCCUCCUCGAUUCAGUGUCUCAGCUUCAGGGAGUCAAAGAUCAGUCCUUUCAGGGAGAAGCAAAGAGGAUUAAACAAAAAGCUGAUUCUCUCAGAAGCCUGGUAACCAGGCGCACAGAUGAGUUCAAGCGUGUGCAAAGCAAUCUGGGAAGCUGGGAAGAAGAAACCCAGAAGCUCUUGCAGAAUGGAAAGAAUGAGAGACAGAAAUCAGAUCAGCUGCUUUCUCGUGCCAACCUUGCUAAAAGCAGAGCUCAAGAGGCACUAAGGAUGGGCAAUGCCACUUUUUAUGAAGUUGAGCACAUCUUAAAAAACCUCAGAGAGUUUGACCUGCAGGUUGAAGACAGAAAAGCAGAAGCUGAAGAGGCCAUGAAGAAACUCUCCUACAUCAGCCAGAAGGUUGCAGAUGCCAGUGACAAGACUGAACAAGCAGAGGCGGCCCUCGGCAGUGCUGCAGCUGAUGCCCAGCGGGCAAAGAAUGCGGCUCGUGAGGCCCUGGAGAUUUUUGGCAAGAUAGAAGAGGAGAUAGGGAGUCUGAACUUGGAAGCCAAUGUGACAGCAGAUGGAGCCUUGGCCAUGGAGAAAGGACUGGCCACUCUAAAGAGUGAGAUGAGGGAAGUGGAAGGAGUGCUGGCAAGGAAGGAGCUGGAGCUUGAUACGGAUAUGGAUGCUGUGCAGAUGGUGAUUACGGAAGCCGGAAGAGUCAAUACCAGAGCCAAGAAUGCUGGGUCUGCAAUCCAAGACACACUCAAGACCUUGGACGGCAUCCUACACCUAAUAGAUCAGCCCGAUAGUGUGGAUGAAGAAAGGCUUAUCUUAUUGGAGCAGAAGCUCUUCCGAGCCAAGACCCAGAUCAAUAGCCAACUGCGACCUUUGAUGUCAGAGCUGGAAGAGAGGGCACGUCGACAGAAGGGCCAACUCCAUUUCCUGGAGGCAAGCAUAGAUGGGAUUCUGGCUGAUGUGAAGAACCUGGAGAACAUUAGGGACAACCUACCCCCAGGCUGCUACAACACCCAGGAUCUUGAGCAACAGUAAACCUCCCAUAGAGAUUUUUCAACAGAGGUCUUUGGGACACAGAUCCCAGGGCUCAGGAGCCAUCUCAAGUGGGUGGGGUGGGAUGGGGACAUUUGAACAUGUUGAAUGGGCAUGCUUGGGUCAACUGAACCUGGCCCCAUCCUUGAUAUCUUGACCAGGCAGAUGUCUUGUUGCACUACUGUGAUACUAUUUGCUUCCUGAUGCUGGGUAGCAAGGCAAAUAGUAUUGCAUGUGAGACCGAUCAAGGACCUGGAUCCCAAAGAGUACACUGGAUGGAAGGACAAACAACAUGGGCAAAUGUUUGCCUCAGAAUAGUCAUAAACUGUGAGUCCUGGAGUAUGGACAAGAGCUGCUGGGUUAUACUCAGCUUAUUCUUUGAGUAAUGUAACCAAAGGAAUAUUUUUUUGAUUUUGCCCAUGGAAGAAACUUCUUCUGAAUGCCAGAAGAGAGAGUGAAAUCCAGUUCACACUGUGGCCAGUAAAAUACUGUUGCCUCACAUUGUCCAAUGCAAGCUUCUUGCUUAUCAGAGGUCCUUCCACCUACCACUGGUACAUUAAUAUGUCCUCCAACUUCAAGCUGGAUGAAGUGAGCAGUGAUGGAGACAGGAGCUGUAAGGAAGGCCCAUUUGGAGCAGGGGUACCUGGUGCUCUGUCACCUGCUUGUUCUUCUGGAUCUGGGAGUGUCAUCCCUUCUCCUCAUGAUGCCAUGGCAAUUGAAAGACUGCAUUUUUAUUAAAGCAUUUCCUACCAGUAAAGCUGACGUUGGGAAGGCAUAUACUUUUGUGUUUCAAAUUGAUAGAAGUAUGUGGCCUGGUCAUUGAAAGAGGUGAAAUUUUCUAGAAGAUUAAUCAAUCCUACUUCAAUCCCACUCCUCAAACAGUAAAAAAUUAUACACGUCUAUGUAUUUUACCUUAUUCUUUUUCUCUCUCUUUCUUUAGCAGAGAAUGUUCCUACCCACACUUGAGCUGGGUAGAAUCCAUCCUUCCAUCCAUCCUUACAAAAAAUAUUUAUUGAGUACCCACUAUGUGCCGGGGGCUGGGGGCACAGUGGUGACCUAGUCUCUGACCUCAUACAGUUGACUGUCUAAUGAGGAAGAUGAGCAUUUAAAAAAAUAAAUUUAAAUUUACA